UCUCUUAAUAUAAAAAUUAUUAAGAAAAACAUUUUUGCUUCUAAGCAAAAAAUUAUUGAGCUUAGAACUAAAAAAGCAAUUAUAUCUAUAACAUGACUACUCUUUUGAAAUUAGAGGAACUUGUUAAAGAUUUGAUUAGAAAGGUAGAAAGUCUUUCUACAAACGAAAAUCUUGAGGCAACUGCCGCAAAAAUCAUCAAAGAUGUUUCAGACAAAAUUGAUGAAAGAAUGGAUUCAAAAACCUUUAUGCUCGAAAAGCAAAAAGAAAAAAUUAAUGAUGAAAAAAGCUUUCAAAAGUAUUCAUUUCCAAACUUCAACGUUGGAAAUCCAUCUCUAGGAAGUUCUAAAAGUCCAAAUGCAUUAUCAUGGCCUUUUGGAUCAAUUUCAAAUGACCAAUAAAGGUCAAAUGGAAAACCUUUUUAGAAAUAUAAAUCUAGAGAUCUCUAGACUUUAUUUCUGUCUAGAAAGAAAUAAUCAAAGAAUUUAUGAAUUACAUUCGGAUUGGAGCAUUCAUCCUUCUGAAAAAAUUCUUGAACUAACUGAUCUAAAAAGAAAAAUUCUUUUAUGAAAAAAGAUAUUCAAAGAUUAAAGGAUAAAAAGAUUACUUUAUCUUGUGGAUAAAAUGAGUUCUAUCACUAAAAAAUAGGAGCAAAUUUUAGAUGAACAAUUGGAUACCCUUCCAAUUGAACAGAUAAAAGAACUUGUUAGUCUCAUUACUUUAGAUAACGAAGAAUGUGAACAAAAGCUCUCUGAAGAUAAAAUCUUAAAUGAAAGAUAUUUUUCUGAAAAUAAAGAACAAAUCUUUGUUUUAAAUAAUGAAGAACCAAGAAACUUUCCUAUAAAGAAAGAAGAACCCGAAACUGAAGAAAGCUCUUCAGAUAUGGAAAUGUCUCCAAGACAGAGAGCAAACAAUGCUUUUACUAGCAGAAGUAACAGGCAUAGAAAAAAGGACACAGAAUUUUCCAUGCCAUACCAUAAGGGUAUACCUGAUUCUAAUAGUAAUGGUAGUGCAACUACUAUUAAUACUAUUAAAAUUGAUUGUAUCUUCAACCUCGACAAAAGAAAAGAGGUAAUUGAUAAAUGGAACACUGAGAUCAGUCUAAUCAUUCAGACUAAUUCAGAAGAAUUCUCUAAGGCUAAGGCUUUAUUAUUAUUAUUAGAACAUAAGUCUGCAGGAAUUGUACAAAACUUCAUCAAAGGAACAACUUGGGAUGAAAAUUUACAAGGUAUUGCUAAAUGAAGAAUCUCAGUUAUUAACUACAUCCACAUGCCCAAGAUGAUCAUUAUCAAUAAAAAGAAAAAGGUAGUCAUGUCAGAUGACAAAUGUGGUUUUCAAGAUAUUCUCUCGACAUCGAGCAUCUAGAAUAAGAUCUUCAAAAUACGUAAACAAAUACGUAUUUCAAAUAAAUUUUUUCUAAAAAUAGAAACUUUUCAUGCCUAUUUAAGGAGCACAUACCCUUCAAACUAAAGGCAUCACCAAUCACUUUCACAAACAGAAAAACUUAUUUUUUGAAAAAAUGGAGAAUUUAAAGGCUUUACGCCUAAAAGAAAAAAUUCUUUUGAUAGAACUAAAAGCUAUUCGAGAUCAGAUAGCUC